CUGGCGGCGCCGCGGGGCGCUUCGCCAUGGCGACGGCGGGGCCCGGGCGGCGCUUCUGCCGCUGCGCCUGCUUCUGCUCCGAGAACCUGUACCUGGCGCGCUACGGGCUGCACGUGCGCUUCCGGGACGCGCCGCAGCUGCGUCGGGACUACGGCGCGGUCCUGCGCAGCCGAGGCUGUGUGAGCACCGCGGACUUCCAGCAGCUGUUAGCAGAGCUUGAGCAGGAGGUGCAGCGGCGGCAGCGGCUGGGGCAGGAGUCGGCUGCUAGGAAAGCCCUCAUCGCGAGCUCCUACCACCCGGCCCGGCCCGACAUCUACAGCUCGCUGCAGGAUGCAGCUCUGGCCCCUGAGUUUCUGGCCGCGGUGGAGUAUAGUGCAUCUCCUGGCGCGGACCUCGAGGGCCUUCUCCAGAGGCUGGAGACACUGUCGGAGGACAAGCGUGUCUACCGGGUGCCUGUGUUCACGGCGCCAUUCUGCCAGGCCCUGCUGGAGGAGUUGGAGCACUUUGAGCAGUCGGACAUGCCCAAGGGGAGGCCCAACACCAUGAACAACUAUGGGGUGCUGCUGCAUGAGCUGGGCCUGGAUGAGCCGCUGGUGACGCCGCUGCGGGAGCGCUUCCUGCAGCCACUGAUGGGCCUGCUAUACCCGGACUGCGGUGGGGGCCAGCUGGACAGCCACCGUGCCUUCGUGGUCAAAUACGCACCGGGCCAGGACCGGGAGCUGGGCUGCCACUAUGACAAUGCCGAGCUCACCCUCAAUGUGGCCCUGGGCAAGGCCUUCACUGGGGGCGCCCUAUUCUUUGGGGGCCUCUUCCAGGCACCCACAGUCCUGAGGGAGCCCCUGGAGGUGGAGCAUCUAGUGGGCCAGGGUAUCCUGCACCGGGGCGGCCAGCUGCAUGGGGCUCGGCCCCUGGGCACCGGAGAGCGUUGGAACCUUGUCGUGUGGCUCCGGGCGUCAGUGGUGCGCAACCACCUCUGCCCCAUGUGCUGCCAGAAGCCCGAACUGGUGGACGACGAGGGCUUUGGUGACGGCUUCACCAGAGAGGAGCCCGGCACGGUAGAUGUGUGCGCGCUGACUUGAGCCUGGUUUGGCCCGGUGUUGGGGUGGCAUGGCAGGGGAGGGCUUGCCCCUGGACUGGGAGGAGCAGAAAUAAACGCGCUGCAGCCCAGGGUACUACCUGGUUCCAAAGGA